AUGGGUCUCUUCACACUCCUGGUAGAAGAUUUUGGGGUCAAGGGAGUGCAGGUUGAAGAGAUUUAUGAUCUGCAGAGCAAAUGCCAAGGCCCUGUGUAUGGGUUCAUCUUCCUGUUCAAGUGGAUUGAGGAGCGCAGAUCACGCCGGAAGGUCUCUACCCUGGUGGAUGAGACGUCGGUGAUCGACGAUGACAUCGUUAAUAACAUGUUCUUUGCUCACCAGCUGAUCCCCAAUUCCUGUGCCACCCAUGCCCUCCUGAGCGUCCUCCUGAACUGCAACAAUGUCGACCUGGGCCCCACGCUGAGCCGCAUGAAGGAUUUCACCAAAGGAUUCAGCCCUGAGAGUAAAGGCUAUGCCAUCGGCAAUGCCCCCGAGCUGGCCAAGGCCCAUAACAGCCAUGCCAGGCCGGAGCCGCGGCACUUGCCGGAAAAGCAGAAUGGUAUCAGCGCUGUGCGAACCAUGGAGGCUUUUCAUUUUGUCAGUUAUGUCCCCAUCAAGGGACGGCUGUUUGAGCUGGACGGGCUCAAGGUCUAUCCCAUUGACCAUGGGCCGUGGGCUGAUGACGAGGAAUGGACAGACAAAGCCAGGAGAGUAAUCAUGGAGCGCAUUGGCCUGGCCACUGCAGGGGAGCCGUACCACGACAUCCGCUUCAACCUGAUGGCGGUGGUGCCUGAUCGGAGGAUGAAGUACGAGUCCAAACUGCACAUCCUGAAGAUGAACCGCCAGACUGUGCUGGAGGCUUUGCAGCAGCUUAUCCGAGUAACUCAGCCUGAGCUGAUCCAGACCCAGAAGUCUCAGGAGGCUCAGCCUCCGGAAGAGGCAAAGCCAGCCAGCAGCAAGACCGUGACUCCAGAGAGCACCCAUCCAGACAGCACCAAUGAGCCCACCAGCCAGGGCCACCCUGCGGCCACGCAGAGCCCGCCCAACAAAACCAAGCCGGUGGCAAAGACGUCAGCGAGCAGUAUCAAUGGGGCGCCUCCAGCAAACCCCAACCCCAUCGUGCAGAGAUUGCCAGCCUUCCUGGAUAAUCACAACUACGCCAAGUCCCCCAUGCAGGAGGAGGAAGACCUUGCAGCAGGAGUGGGUCGCAGCCGGGUCCCAGUCCGACAGCACCAGCAGUACUCGGAUGAUGAGGAUGACUACGACGAUGAUGAUGAGGAGGAAGUUCGUAACACCAGCUCGGCCAUCAGGUACAAAAGGAAAGGGCAGGUGAAGCAAGAGCACGUGGCGGGGGCUGCAGAUGGCCAGCUCUCCGUCCUCCAGCCCAACACCAUCAACGUCCUCGCUGAGAAAUUGAAGGAAUCUCAAAAGGAUCUUUCCAUUCCCCUGUCCAUCAAGACGAGCGGUGGAGGUACUGCCGUGGCGGUGGUUACCCACUCCCAGCCCUCUCCCACCCCCAGCAACGAAAGCACGGACACCGCCUCUGAGAUAGGCAGCGCCUUUAACUCCCCGCUGCGCUCUCCCAUCCGCUCGGCCAACCCCACCCGCCCCUCCAGCCCCGUCACCUCCCACAUCUCCAAGGUGCUCUUCGGUGAGGAAGACAGCCUGCUGCGCGUCGACUGCAUGCGCUACAACCGGGCUGUCAGGGACCUGGGGCCCGUUAUCAGCACCGGCCUGCUGCACCUCACGGAGGAUGGCGUGUUCUGCCCGCUGGCUGUUGCAGAUGGGGGUAAAAGCUCCCCACCUUCCAUCAAACCCGGUGAAGAGGCCCCGGUCGCAAUCAAACUGGACGAGAAGGAGGGCAGUGAGGCCAGUGACAGCAAAGAGAAGGUGGGACUUGGCAGGACCAGUGAUCACCCUGGGGGGGAAAAGUAUUCUCCCAAGGAGCUGCUGGCGCUGCUGAAGUGCGUGGAGGCAGAGAUUGCAAACUACGAGGCCUGCCUGAAGGAAGAGGUGGAGAAGAGGAAGAAAUUCAAGAUUGAUGACCAGAGGAGAACCCACAACUACGAUGAGUUCAUCUGUACCUUCAUCUCCAUGCUGGCCCAGGAAGGCAUGCUGGCAAGCCUCGUGGAGCAGAACAUCUCUGUCCGCAGGCGGCAGGGAGUCAGCAUCGGCCGUCUGCACAAGCAAAGGAAACCGGACCGCCGGAAACGUUCCCGCCCAUAUAAAGCCAAGCGGCAGUAG